AUGAAGGCGGAGAAACUGGCAGCUGGACAAAGUCCUUGGGAGCACCAGCUCUGGGAUGCACUAGGACCAGUCGCCAAUGUCUACAAGAGUCUGAUGGCUCAGCUCUCACCAUCAACUUUCCCCAAGACUCUGGUCGGGCUCAAUGUGCUCGCGUUGACCGAUCGCAUCGAGCGCGUGCGACAUGGCAAGCCUCAGAGCCGUCAGAGGAAUACCGAAUCAACGGACAGCCUGUCAAGGGGACAGGACAAUUUGCUGGAAACUCUUCGCUACAUGCGCAUGGCAACCGCCGCCUAUGGACGGGUGGCACUCAACCCAGGGUCAAAGGCUGCCAUUACGCAGAGCAACUUUGCACAAUUGCUUUGCGAGCAUCUCCGUGGUGACCUAGCUGUCGACCAGGUUGAAGUACCCCUGCUGUCUAUGCGCGCGCGGUGGUUGCUCCCUGCCCACUAUUUGCUGGUGGAUAAGCAUCGUCGAGAAGUAGUCGUUGCAGUGCGAGGCACCCUCAGCGUGCACGACGUGCUGACUGACUUGGGAGCGGAGGAAGUCGACCUAGUUUUGGGCGGCAAGGCACGGAAGGCCCACAAGAACAUGCUUCAGAGCGCCUGCAAUGUCUUGCGGGUAAUCUAUCCGGUGCUUCAGAGAAUCUCAGACGUGGACACCAUUACUUUUACAGGUCAUAGUUUGGGUGGUGGAGUCGCUGCAUACCUCACCAUGCUGUUCCUUGAAAUGGAGCUGCCGAGUGCCGACGGCUCUAUACACGUGCAGUGCUUUACCUUUGGCUCUCCUGGCAUUUGCCCCGCUGCUGUGAGCAGAUCGUUAGAAGAUCGCAUCGUGUCGUAUUGCCACGCACAAGACGUGGUCCCUCGACUUUCCGCAGGGCAUUUGCUUGAGCUGCACGGGCGCGCGGUGCUUGCCGCCUCGUUGACGAGUGAUGUAGUCCGGCGCUUGGUGUCCCAGGACCCAGCAGCCCUUUGGAGGGCAGUGCGGACCAUCCCGCAGGACUUGCAAGAGGCCUUCUCAAAGAGCACCAUCGAGCCCGAGCGGCAGAUCACAGGGGACUCCCCUGAGCUGCUGAAGCUGUACCCGGCCGGCCGCUGUUUUUUGGUCCAGACCGAUGGUGAAGUGGAGGAGCUUGAUCCCGAAGACCUGGCCCCCUGCAUCUAUUUGUCUGGUGGUCACCGACUGGUCGUUGACCAUCUGCCUAAGACCUACGAGAAUGCGAUACAAGCCGCUGUCAAGCGAGCACAAGAUCUGGGCAGCACUACAGAGCUGAGUAGAUCUCGUUUGGACCUCUUCUACUUAGGCUUCAAGUUGCGCGGCUUGCUGAAGCUGAUUUCUCUGGGCGGCUGCGGCCUGUGGUGGCUCUUUGACGUGGUGCGGAUUGGCUGCGCCCCAUCAUAUGCUCUGCACUUCAGAGUGACCAAUGACCUUCCACACUGGGUCUUUGUAUUGGUCCUCGUCCUGCUGUUUGGAGGGGGCGGCUUGGUGUAUUCGCUGUCCUCGUACGCCAGAUAUCGCAAGCUGAAGACUGCGGAAGCCGGAAAGAUGCACGGUGAAGACAUCGCGAUGGAUCGGCCAGACGGCGGUCAGCCUGUGAGGUUCAAUUCCAGCUUUGGUUACUCGGGGUAUGGUGCAACCCUGUCCUAG